UUGGAGUCAUUUAUUGAAAGAUCAAACUCAUUGCGUCACUUGCAACAACACUCCGACUAAAAGUCAAAAUGUUUACCAUACAACCUUUGCACAAUUCACUCUCCAAACAAAGGUAAUUCUUUCUUCAAUCCUCGUAUAAAUCGUUAUCCAAAUUCGCCGGAAUCCACCCACCAAAACAGGUGUUCGAUCAAUUGCCGAAGUGAAGUAGAAUGAGAAAUAGGUCUAAGAAUUCGAGUGAUGGGGUAUCGAAGUCUGGGAAGGCGGCAGACCAGGAAAAGAUUAAGAAUGUAGUGACUGGGAAGAGAUCGGGUUAUACUGUUGUGGCUUUGUUUAUCUUGAUUGUACACGGGAUAUGGGCGGUUCAUCGUUAUCAGUUUGAGAUUUUGCCGUAUCCUCUUACGGCCCAACAAGUGGGGAAAAGGGGGUUUUCGGAGGAAGAGGCGAUGAAGCAUGUUGAAGAGUUGACUCAGUUGGGUCCUCAUCCUGUUGGUUCGGAUAAUUUGGAGCUUGGUUUGCAGUAUGUUUUAGAAGCCGCCGAGAAUAUAAAGAAAACCGCUCACUGGGAAGUUGACGUCGAAGUUGACCUUUUUCACGUAAGCUCAGGUGCUAAUAUUCUGGUCGGUGGACUUUUUAAGGGAAAAACACUUGUUUAUUCAGAUCUUAAACAUGUCGUAUUAAGAAUAUCGCCAAAAUACGUUUCCGAAGCAACGGAUAGUGCUAUUUUGGUCUCUUCUCACAUAGACACUGUUUACUCAGCGGAAGGAGCCGGUGACUGCAGUUCGUGUGUCGCUGUUAUGCUAGAGCUUGCUCGAGGGAUCUCUCAUUGGGCUCACGGUUUUAAAAAUUCGGUUAUUUUCUUGUUUAAUACUGGCGAGGAAGAGGGCUUAAAUGGUGCACAUAGCUUUAUAACUCAGCAUCCAUGGAGUAGCACCAUACGCAUGGCUAUUGAUUUGGAAGCCAUGGGCAUUGGAGGCACAUCUGCUAUAUUUCAGGCGGGUCCUCAUCCAUGGGCUAUUGAGAACUAUGCUUUGGUAGCAAAAUACCCAUCAGCCCAAAUUCUUGCACAGGAUCUUUUCACUUCGGGUGUUAUAAAAUCCGCUACUGAUUUUCAAGUAUAUAAAGAGGUUGCUGGUCUUUCCGGCCUUGACUUUGCUUACGCAGAUAAUACCGCCGUAUACCACACAAAGAAUGACAAGUUGAAGCUUUUAAAACCUGGUUCCCUUCAACAUCUCGGAGAAAAUAUGCUUGCGUUUCUGCUUCAUACUGCUGCAUCCUCGGAACUUGCUAAAGGCAAAGCUAUGGCAGUCAAUGAGAAAACCGAUGCUGCGAUAUAUUUUGACAUUUUGGGAACGUACAUGAUUGUAUUUCGUCAACGUCUUGCCAACAUGCUCUACAAUUCGGUCAUAAUGCAAUCCAUCAUGAUAUGGGCUACAUCACUCGUUAUGGGUGGCCCACCUGCCGCUAUUACGUUAUCCUUAUCAUUUUUAAGCAUCAUAUUAAUGUGGACAUUUUCAUUACUUUUCUCAACCACCAUUGCGUUCAUUCUACCGCUCAUUUCAUCAUCACCGGUUCCCUUCGUUUCAACCCCAUGGCUCAUUAUAGGUUUAUUCGCUUCCCCUGCUUUCCUCGGGGCUUUGACCGGUCAACAUAUCGGUUAUCUUAUUUUAAAAAGUUACAUAUCGCGCGUAUUUUCCAAGAAAAUGGAGAAUCUGUCUCCUGUGGUUCGGUCCAACCGGGCCAAAUUGGAAGCUGAACGAUCGUUGUAUAAAAGUGGUUUGUUGCAGUGGCUUAUACUUUUAAUUGUCGGUCAUUAUUUUAAAGUCGGAUCUUCGUAUAUAGCCCUUGUGUGGCUAGCCUCCCCAGCAUUUGCUUAUGGAUUGCUUGAAGCAACUUUAUCUCCCGCGCGUGCACCAAAGGCGCUUAAAACAAUAACUCUAAUAUUCGGACUUUUUGUACCGUUUUUAAUCUCUGGUGGCAUGUUUAUUCGAUUAGCAGGAACACUUGCUGGUAUGGUUGUUCGUCUUGACAGGAAUCCCGGAGGCAGUCCCGAGUGGUUGGGGAGUGUAACGGUUGCCGUGUACAUAUCGGCUGUCAUAUGUCUUACAUUGGUGUAUAUCCUUUCAUAUAUCCACAUAUCAGGUGCAAAAAAAUUAAUUGCAAUUGCAAGCUUUAUUGUGUGCGGUCUUUCACUAAUUGUGGUGAUAGCUGGAAUCAUCCCACCAUUCACCGAUGACGUUUCCAGAGCCGUAAAUGUUGUUCAUGUUGUGGAAGCAUCCGGAAGAAAUGGAGAACACAAAGAACCAAACUCUUAUAUUUCUUUAUUUUCGACUACCCCUGGGAAGUUAACGAAGGAGAUUGAACAUAUCAAUGAAGGGUUUGUAUGUGGAAGAGAAAAAAUUACUGAUUUUGUCACUUUCACUACUUCAUAUAGUUGUUGGGCCGAGAACGAUUCGGUUCAGGGAUGGACCAAAAACGAUAUCCCAACACUAAAUGUGGAAACCGAUUUAAAAACAGAUGAAAGAAUCACACAAGUUACAAUCGACACCAAACUUUCAACGCGUUGGUCUCUUGCAAUCAGUAAUAAAAUCGAAGAUUUUAGACUCAAAGAUGCUGAAAAUGGUGAGGAAUUGAUUCAAAUUGGCACGAAAAGUACUUCAGAUGGAUGGCAUAGCAUUCAGUAUUCUGGAGGGAAGAAUGCACCAAAAAGAUUUGGUUUGACUCUGUACUGGGUCAAAAAUCAUACUCAAGUGACAGGUAAUGAUGAUCAUGGUCUACUGUUGAAAUUAAGAACAGAUGUUGACAGAUUGACUCCGAAAGUCAAAAGGGUUCUUGAGAAACUUCCUUCAUGGUGCUCAUUGUUUGGGAAGUCUACAUCUCCCUAUACCUUAGCUUUUUUAAGUAAUUUACCCGUUGAUUUCUGAUUUAAUGACACUAGUAUGAACUCUUACAUACAUGUUUUAUUUAUAUUGUUUUUUUGUAAGUUUUUGCAUUGGAUAUUAGUUAUGAGGUGAUAGAAUAAGUUAUAGACUAGCAAUAAGUAAUUUAUGGUUUGUUUCAAAUUAAUGUUAAAUCCUAGCAAAGUGUAUCCCCUGAUUGGACAAUGUUUGUGGGAUUCUUGAUCAUGAUGAAAAUUAGUGAUUUUUUACUUUA